CAAUCUGCUGAUCAAUAAGAAGGGUUCAUGUGGAAUGUGUGAGCACUGAAAGUCUGUAUUCUGCACAGAGAGACCAGAGAUGAAGCUCACACAUUCGCUCCUCUGCCUGUUCGUGGUUGUGUCCUCUGCUUUGUCAGAUGACACAGCUGUGAACCCUAGAGGUGCUCGUCCUAUUGAACACGGCUACAAGGCACAAGACACCUGUAAGACAAAAGAAUGGCCUAUGUGUACAGAUGACGACUGGGGAAGCAAAUGUCCAUCUGGCUGCCGAGUUCAAGGCCUCAUGGACAAAGCUGACCACGAUAUCAACAAGAAGAUUGAGAAGAUUCGUCGUCUUCUGGACGAGGGCCGGAAACUGUAUCGCUCCACCGAUCAAGUGUCCAAAAACACUUACUCUUACCUAAGAGAGCGACUGACCUCUAGCGCUGGUAAUGAUAACAGGUACACCACCUUGGCCGAACAGCUAAGACAGAGGAUUACUGAUAUCAAGAUUAAAAUUGACCGUCAACUCCGGUUACUGGACGCUCUGAAGUCGCAGGUCAAAGAUCAAGUUGUUGUAAUUCAGCGACUUGAGGUCGACAUUGACAUCAAACUACGCACAUGCAAGGGCUCUUGCGCCAGCUACAGUGAGUUCUCGGUGGACAGGGAGAGCUAUGUGACUCUGGAUAAGCAAAUGGACCAUCUCAACAAUUUGCGUGUCCAGAACGUGGAGACUGUUAGUUCUCUGGGAAUCAUGAAGAGCAGGCCGUUGAAGGACUUGGUGUUACCCUCCAUAUAUAAAAGCGGAACAGGCAAAGCUGAGCAGAAGCAGCUCCUCUUUGGAGACGUGGGUCAGAUGAAGCUUACUCUGGAGGCGGAGGGUUCCACUGCCGAAUCUGCCGCCACUGUUAGCAAGUUCCCUAUAUCAGGUACAGGCUCAGCUUCUUCCUCUACAUCACAUACCUCCACCUCAACCUCCACCAUCAAGCAGUGCACCAAGUCAGUGCGCAAGGAGACAACACACACCAAAGACGGCCCCGUGGAGAAGAUUGUGGUUACGGCUAGCGGGCCCGGGUGUGAAGAUUUAGAUUCUAUGACUUCUCUCAGUCAUGGCACAGAUGGCCUAGGUGAAUUCGGUGAUGGUUUCUUCACGGGUCUUGGCACUGAUAAGCAAAGGCUCUCCUCAUCUUCAUCCUCAUCCUCUUCCUCGUCGUCAUCUUCCACGAAAACGGUCGUGUCAGAUGGAAGCAAGGGUUAUUCAAAGACCACCCUUUCUAGUGACCCAUUUUUUGGGGAUGACCUUGGGGCAUUCAUGCCUGGCGACGUGGAAGAGGAUCUACCCGACAUCCACGCACGAAGUGUGAAAUCGCGCGACGAGCGCAAGGCUGGCUUUGUCGGUGGAGAUUGCGCUGAAAUCCUGCAGAAGCAUGCAAAAGGCGGUCAGAGCGGCCUGUUCAAAAUAAAGCCUGCUGGGUCGGAGGAGGUAGUAGAGGUUUUCUGUGAUCAGGGCACUGGAUUGGGAGGCUGGACUCUGGUUCAGCAGAGGGAGGAUGGGUCUGUUAACUUCAAUCGCACUUGGAAGGAGUAUCGAAAUGGUUUUGGCCGGUUAGACCAGCAGGGUAAGGGCGAGAUCUGGAUCGGCAACAAAUUCCUACACCUUCUCACUCAGAAUGAGAGUGUUCUAAGAGUGGAGCUGCAGGACUGGGACGGGAAUGAGGUCUACGCAGAGUACAGUGUUAGAGUUGGCUCGGAGGCCAAAGGCUUUCCGCUGACUGUGUCAGAUUACAUGGGUGAUGCAGGCGAUGCGUUAGUGCAAGGUCAGCCUAAACUCAGAGCCUUCCUUUCACAUGCUGGCAUGAAGUUUAGCACCUUUGAUAGGGACAGCGAUAAAUGGGAGGAGAACUGUGCGGCGAUGUAUGGUGGAGGGUGGUGGUACAAUAAUUGCCAGUCGGCCAACCUUAAUGGGAUUUACUAUAAAGGAGGCCAGUACGACCCUGGCACCAAAGUCCCUUAUGAGAUUGAGAAUGGUGUUGUGUGGCUGCCUUUCAAACCAGCUGAUUACUCCCUCAAAGUAGUGAGAAUGAAGAUCAGACCUGUCUAAAAAUGAAAAGAGGGGAUGGGGAAUAGGACAGAUAUACAGCCAUAGUUUUGAAUGAUCUGCUUGUCAUAAUGUGAGGACGUCAUGUUGCCUUGUACACUUUCACACCACAGCUUACCUCAUGUUUCCAAUAAAAAUGUGUUCACUUAAA